UGCAGUCGUCAUUGUCCAUAUUUUAUGAUCCUCUGUAUUCGACAUUCGUGUUAUUUAUAUUAUUUCUCACACACACCACAAUUUAUUUUGAUUUUGGUCAUUUUAUACUUCUCAUUUCAACAUUUGACUACUUGACUGUUGAAUGUUGUCAAUGUUGAUACUCAUAACUCAUUACAAACAUUUUAACAUUUACCUGCCAACUGUACUAGCUGGGGAUUUUGGAAGUUUGGAGAUUCUGUUCCUGAGGACUUACUGUAAUAGUAUACUUUUUGAAUUAUGGAUUUAUACACUCAAGAUAUAAUGAAACAAUGGGGUUUUUCAACUGAAAUAAUAACAAUAUUUAAAGAUCAAGAAAUAGAUCAAGUAGCACUAUUGAAUCUUACUGAGACUAUGAUAAUAGAGUUGUUGCCUAUAAUUGGUCAACGAUCUAAAUUUUUAAAACAUUUAGAAGAUUUAAAAAUACAAAAAAAUGUUUCUGUUGAUUCUAAAAAGAAACAUGAUAUAAUUGACUGGGAUAAUUUAGAAAUAGAGUUAGCUCCGAUGGAUAGCUUUGAAGAUGUUAAUUCUACAGAUAACAUAGUAUGUGAUACAAUACCUGACAAUUGUAAUACUGCAGUCCAAGAAUUCAAAGAUCAUUGUGUUCCAACUGCAGAAUGCUCCUAUACAACUACUAAAAACAAUGAUAAUUCUUUGGCGCAACAGAUACAAACUAUUUUAUCAAAAUACCAAGAUGGAGAGUUUGUAUUAGAUUAUUACAAACUUAAAUCACAUUUCAAUGAGGCCAUGCGAAAUAAACUAGUUUCUGUAAUAAUAAAAGAUCAAAUUCGCUCCCAAGUCAUUUUAAACAGAUCAAGGCUUAUAAUUUUAGCAAAAGGCAUUGAAGAAUUAUUUCCUUCUGAGACUGAGGAAACUUAUUUCAUACCGUACUGUAAAGAGGGUAAUAUAAUAAGUCCCAAUAGAGGUAAACUAUAUGGAAAAUUUUGUAAUAUUAAAAAGGAAAUCAGCAAGAUAAGUAAUGUAAAGAAAAGGCAUCUAUCAGAGUCUGAUCAAGAAAUAAAUUUGAAUCAUGAAGAUUAUAAAGACUCAUUAACCUGGCUCAAAAACAAUAUAGAACCAGACAUUACUCUUCAUAAACUCUGGAAAGCAACAGCAUCAUAUCGAUUAAAAGACAAAAAUAAUAAUAUGAUGAAUACAUAUAUAGCCCUUACCAAACCUACUGGUCAUAUUUUAAUUGAUAUAGAUUUUAAUUAUAUGUAUGCUGGAAAACAAAUGAGUUUAUUUGACAAAUUUCCUAUUUUCAAGGAAAAAUUAAAAAUAUAUUUGGAAAUUAAACAAAUUAAUAUCAGCAAAAAUCUUAUUGGCAAACUAACUGCUCCGCAUAGACCUGGCAUGUGUUGA